AUGAACCACACUCUAGCUGACUCCAAACGGAGAAAGCUAAAAGAUGGGCAGCAAGAGUUUGAUCUCGACGAAAACUUGGACCUGCUCUUGAAUCUAGAAGAGCAAUACUACAAAGAAGGGUACCGAGAAGGUCAAGAAGAAUCCACAAAAGCACAAUACCUCGAGGGUAAAGAAUAUGGGUUUCAGACCGGGUUUCAGAGAUUUCUUGUUAUCGGGUACAUUAGAGGAUUGGUAGACUUUUGGGAAAACCAAGUUGAAACCUAUGAUGCGUCCAAGUCUAUCAAAACCCAUAUCACUCAAAUCAGGGCUAUUAUGGAGAAGGUGCCAUUAAGUAAUAAAGAUGCCGAUGUGGGGGAGUACGAAAAGGUAGUUAAUAAAGCUCGCAACAAGGUGAGGAUAAUAGCAUCGCUUUGUAAAGAACAGAAGAAAGUCAGCAACAUUGAUCAAAUCAUAAAGGAGGUUGGAGGUGAAAUGCAAGUCAGUGGCGAUGCUGAUGAAAUGUGGUAG